UGAGUCUUAGUAGAACUAAUUAUCAGCACAAAAUGGCUCCCAUCUUCCCUAACCGGAAUUCUCUAUUGAACUUCAUCGUCCGGGAAGGCAACGGCAUAAAAGGUCUUGUAGAUUCCGGCAUCUCGAAGGUCCCCGAUGAGUUUGUGCAACCUCCACAUGAACGAAUCAACAAACCAGACACAAAUAACACACCUUAUUAUAUACCCCAGCCCAUAGACAUGUAACAGCUUGAUCAUGGACCUAACCAUGAUCAAAUGGUUGAGGUUCUCAUAGAGGCUGCAGAGAGUGUUGGGUUCUUCCAAGUGGUGAACCAUGGCAUCUCAACCCAACUGCUAGAGAGUCUCAAGGACAUGGCGCAUCAGUUCUUUGAUCGGCCACCGGAGAAGAAGGUAAUUUAUCUCAAGGAAGCGAGCAGAAACCCGUUUGUGAAGUAUUGGAGCAGCUAUGCGCCGGAGAAGGAGGAGGUGUUGGAAUGGAGUGAUCAUUUGAACAUGACUUAUGUAGGUGAUGCUGAAGCUCUCAAGUAUUGGCCUGAAGAAUGCAAGGAAUUCACACUAGAAUACAUGAAGACCUCAAGCAAGAUGGUGAGAAGGAUAUUAGAAGUGUUGCUCACAAAGCUUGGGGUGACAGUACUGGAUGAUGAAGCAACUGAAACUUACAUGGCCUCAAAGAGUGUUGGUAUGAACUUCUACCCAAAGUGCCCAAAUCCAGAGUUGACACUUGGUACUGGUCGACACUCGGAUGUUGGCACCUUGACUGUGUUGCUACAAGAUGAAGUUGGUGGGCUAUAUGUAAAAGUUGAAGAUGAUUGCAAUGCUCAGAAGGAGGGACAGUGGAUAGAGAUUCCACCAAUUCCAGGAGCUCUGGUGAUUAACAUUGGGGAUACCUUACAGACACUGAGCAAUGGAAGAUACAAAAGUUCAGAACAUAGGGUUCGAACUACAAAUACACAAUCAAGAGUUUCAAUCCCUUUAUUUGUUAGACCUAAAUUGACAGACAAGAUCAAGCCAUUGCCUCAAUUGAUAGAAAGGGAUGGAGUUGCUUAUUACAGAGAAGUCCUCUUUGAUGAGUACAUGAAAUACAAAUUUGGGCAGGGUCAUGUAGGGAAGAAGACUCUUGAUUAUGCUAAGGUCACUUAUCAGGAACCAUGAGCCAUAGCCAAAUCAGUUCCAUUUGUGAGAGUGAUUAAUGAAUCUACAUCUAUGUGAGCUUAUAGAUGGGCUUGGUGUUCUUCGGUUUCUAUAACUCUGUUUGAUGUGUUGAUUGUAAAUGUGAGUGUCUCUCAUAUAUUUAUUGAUAGUAAUAACCUAGUUGUUGCAACAUAUUGGUCACAAGUUCAAAAGUUGGAAACAACCUCUUUCACGAAGCAAGAGGUAAGGCUAUGUAUACUUGCCCCUCUCAAACCCUCUACAAUAAUGGGAGCCUCGUGCACUAAGUUGCUUUUU